CAUCCCGCAGCCAUGGCUGAGAACUCCAAACUGCAGCUGUUUGUCAAGGCCAGCGAGGACGGGGAGAGCGUGGGCAACUGCCCCUUCUGCCAACGGCUCUUCAUGAUCCUUCUCCUCAAGGGAGUGCCCUUCACGCUCACUACGGUGGACACCAAGAGGUCCCUGGACGUGCUGAAGGACUUCGCCCCCGGCUCCCAGUUGCCCAUCCUGCUCUACAACGGGGAGGCCCGGACGGACACCCUCCAGAUCGAGGAGUUCCUGGAAGAGACGCUGGGGCCGCCCAAUUUCCCCAGCCUGGUGCCCCGCUACGAGGAGUCCAACACGGCCGGCAACGACGUCUUCCACAAGUUCUCGGCCUUCAUCAAGAAUCCCGUGCCCUCGCAGGACGAGGCGCUGUACAGGACGCUCCUGCGGGCGCUGCUGAAGCUGGACGGCUACCUGAGCAGCCCCCUGGGCCACGAACUGGAGCGGGAGCCCGGGCUCGCCCAGUCCCGCCGCCGGUUCCUGGACGGGGACCGGUUGACCCUGGCCGACUGCGGCCUCCUGCCCAAGCUGCACAUCGUCGACACGGUGUGCGCCCAUUUCCGCCAGGCCCCGAUCCCCGCCGAGCUGCAGGGCCUGCGUCGCUACCUGGCCAACGCCCUGCAAGUCAAGGAGUUCAAGUACACGUGCCCCCCCAGCGCGGAGAUCCUGGCCGCUUACAAGCCGGUUGUGAGACCCCUUCCCUGAACCCCGGUGGGAAUUGGCUUGGGGCGGGGGGACGACGGACCCCCGGGAAUGCCGAGGAUGGGAAUAAAAGGAGUUU